UUUGACUUAUUGCGCACUUUAUUGCAUAGAUGCUUUUUCCUUAAAUUUUGGAACUUGUUCUCUUUGAUAAUUUCGGAAAAGAAAUAUUUGGUCAAAAUACUGUUAAAACAUAAAAAAUGGCUCCUGCUGCACCACAAGAAAUUAACUCUUUACUAAAUAAAAAAUCAAGCGAUGAUGAAAUAAAUAAAAAAGAGAAAGAUGCGAAAGCAAAAUUGAAAGAAGAAUCAGAAAUGAGUGAGGAAGAUAAGCAUUUAUUAGAAGAGCUUAACAUGUUAGUGGAAAGACUUACGGAAUCUAAUACAGAUUUAUACAAACCAGCCUUAGAAAGUUUACGAACCUUAAUUCGAGCCAGUACUAGCUCAAUGACAUCUGUUCCUAAACCUCUGAAGUAUCUUCGACAGCAUUUUGAUUCAUUAAAAGAUCUUCACAAUAAUUGGUUAGAAGGAGAAAAUAAGAGAUUUCUAGCUGAUAUCAUAUCUGUUCUUGGAAUGACCAGAACUGACAAUAGAGACUGUUUGAAAUAUCGUUUUUUAGGAUCAACUGAACCUCUUGAAUCAUGGGGUCAUGAAUAUGUUAGGCAUCUGGCUGAGGAAAUCAAAAUAGAAUUUUCACAACGUGAAGAAGGAAACAGAGAAGAUUUGCUUCAACUAGCAGAUGACAUCAUUCCUUAUGAUAUGAAGCACAAUGCUGAAAUAGAUGCUUGUGAUCUUGCCAUGGAAAUCGAACAGCUUGAACUAUUAAAAAAGCAUGUUGAUAAAACUACAUUUCAAAGAGUCUGUCUUUACUUAAUUAGUUGUGUAAAGUAUGUUCCAGAACCAGAAAACACGCAACUUCUUAAAUGUGCUUUAGAACUCUAUUUGAAAUAUGAACACUUUCCUGAUGCGCUGAAUAUUGCUAUUCAACUGAACGAUCUCAACAUGGUUAAACAAAUUCUUAAACUAUGUAUGGGAGAUGAGCAUAAAUCGCUUAUACAGAAGCAGCUUGCCUAUAUUCUUGGUCGUUUACAAAUUUAUAUAGAUUUAGAUGAUGACAUGGAAAACAGUGAGGAGCUUUCAACAAUUAUAUCUAAUUCUCAUCUUAAUAACAGUUUUCUUGCUCUAGCUCGUGAGCUUGAUAUAAUGGAGCCAAAAGUUCCUGAGGAUAUUUAUAAAAGUCAUCUUGAUAAUCGUCCUUUCUCUACUUCAUCUGUUAGCUUAGACAGUGCUAGACAAAAUCUUGCUUCCUCUUUUGUUAAUGGUUUUGUCAACACUGCUUUUGGAAAAGAUAAACUUCUCACUGAAGAUGGAAAUAAAUGGCUUUAUAAAAAUAAAGAGCAUGGAAUGAUGAGCACUGCUGCAUCACUUGGUAUGUUGUUAUUGUGGGAUGUAGAUGGUGGUUUAUCACAAAUAGACAAAUACUUAUAUUCAAAUGAAGAUUUUAUCAAAGCAGGAGCUUUGUUGGCUUGUGGAAUAGUAAACACGGGUGUUCGCAAUGAAUGCGACCCUGCACUUGCUUUGCUUAGUGACUAUGUUGAUCAUAAAAAUGGUGUUAUGCAGAUAGGUGCAAUACUGGGACUUGGUCUAGCAUAUGCAGCUUCCAAUCGUGAAGAUGUUUUGUCAUUAAUCUUACCAGUUAUUUCUGAUUCUAAGAAGUCAAUGGAGGUAGUAGGAGUCGCGGCAUUAGCAUGUGGUCUUAUUUCUAUUGGAUCAUGUAAUGGUGAAGUAUCAUCUGUAAUUUUACAGACUAUGAUGGAGCGUUCUGCUGCUCAUUUAAAGGAUCAUUAUGCAAGAUUUUUAGCACUUGGGCUAGGGCUAACAUAUUUAGGCAAACAAGAAGCUGUUGAUGCAACAAUUGAAACAUUAAAAGUUGUAGAGGGUCCACUUAGUCAAUGGUCUUGUGUAAUGGUAGACAUUUGUGCUUAUGCUGGUACUGGUAAUGUUUUAAAGAUUCAAAAUCUUCUUCAUAUUUGCUCUGAACACUAUGAAACAGAUAAAGAAGAAGACAAAAAAAAAGAAGACAAAGUUGAUGCAAAUAAAAAAACAGAUAAAAAAAGUGAUUCAGAUCAAAAAGAUAAUGAAAAAAAAGAAGAUACAGUAACAAAAGAUGGAGCUCAUCAAGGAAUUGCAGUGCUAGGAAUCGCUGCAAUAGCUAUGGGCGAAGACAUUGGUAUUGAAAUGGCAAUGAGAGCAUUUAAUCAUUUGCUUCAAUAUGGUGAACCAGCAAUCAAAAGAGCUGUUCCCUUAGGUUUGGCUCUUUUGUCAGCCUCUAAUCCUAAGCUGACUGUAACGGAUAUAUUGAGCAAGCUUUCACAUGAUCAUGAUGCAGAAGUUGCUUAUAAUUCAAUCUUUGCAAUGGGAAUAGUUGGCGCUGGUUCAAAUAAUGCUCGACUUGCAAAUAUGUUGCGACAGUUGGCAUUGUAUUACCAUAAAGAUGCAAACAACUUGUUUAUUGUGAGAAUUGCACAGGGUUUAGUUCAUCUUGGUAAAGGUACUCUUACUCUUAGCCCAUAUCAGUAUGAUCGAACUUAUAUGUCACCUGUUGCAGUUGGUGGUUUAAUUUCAACCCUUGUUUCUUUUUUUGAUGUUAAACAGACGAUUUUGGGAAAAUCUCACUAUUUAUUAUAUUGUCUUGUCGCUUCAAUGCAACCUCGUAUGUUAGUAACACUUGAUAAAGAUUUAAAGCCUGUUCCUGUGCAAGUUAGAGUUGGACAGGCUGUUGAUGUUGUUGGACAAGCUGGAAAACCGAAAUCAAUUACAGGGUUCCAGACCCACACCACACCUGUUUUAUUGGCUCAUGGCGAACGUGCUGAGCUUGCCACUGAGGAAUAUAUAGCAUUAACUCCUGUGUUGGAAGGUUUUGUUAUUUGCGAAAAGAAUAAAAACUAUGACGUUGACGAUGUUGCACUAUAAUACUACUAUGUUUGAUUAAUGAAACCGUGGUUUCAUUAUGGUUCAAAAAUUGUUCCUAAGUACCUGUUAAAUCCAUAGUAAUCUACUUGUCUGACUUCAAUAAUAGUUUUAGAAACAGCAAUAAAUGUUUAAAUGUUAUAUUUAUUAUAUAAAAGCAUAAAAUCAA